GAAGGGGCGGGGCGCCCUGCGCGCGGCUCUGCGCUCGCGGGCUCGGGGCGCGCGGUCCCCCGGGUCCCCCCGCCCGCCGUGCUGCCCGCGGCUGGCAGGAGCGGGCGCGGCGCGGGAGGCGGCGGCGGGCACGACCCGGCGGGAGCGACGGGGAGCCGAGCGGAGCCCCAGCCCCUUCCCGCCCGCUGCGCCGGCGCCGCGCGUGAGCCCCGGGCCCGCGGAGAGAUGAGCGCCCGGCGGCCCGACGCACCCGAGGCGCAGCGGCCCGGCCCCGCGGCCCCGUGAUGGGCUCCUGCGUGUCGCGAGAUCUGUUCACAAGUGCCCACAAGGACUGCCCCAUGCCCCAGGGCACGGGUCCUCUGAACCCAGACUUGCCCUCCAGCCAUCCCCCUGCUGUCGCUCCAGACCAUGUCACUGGCAAGGACAAACAGAUGGAUUUCUGUUGGGAUCCUUGGCAGAGGUGCUUCCAGACCACCAACGGCUACCUGUCUGAUUCCAGGUCCUGCUCCAGCAACUACAAUGUGGCGGCUCUAGCCACCUCGUCCCUUGUGGGGGUGGUGCAGAGCAUCAAGGACCACAUCACGAAGCCCACGGCCAUGGCGCGUGGCCGCGUGGCUCACCUCAUCGAGUGGAAGGGCUGGCGUGCCCAGCGGUCGGGCUGGGAGCCAUCCCCGGCUGAGGAUGAGCAUUACUGUUGCCUGCCAGACGAGCUGCGGGAGGCCCGCUUUGCUGCAGGGGUCGCCGAACAGUUUGCCAUCACAGAGGCCACACUGAGCGCCUGGUCCUCGCUGGACAAUGAGGAGCUUCACCCCGAGAACAGCCCUCAGGACGUCGUCCAGCUACAGGAACUAGAGAACCUCUACCUUCAGGACAGUCUUCUGAGCGGCCCCUCCCAGGAUGACAGUCUUCUGGCCUUCUCUUCCCCUGGCCUCUCCCCCGAUGGCUGGCCCUCACCCGAUGAGCCCCCCAUCACAGCUGCCGACCCCCAGCCCCCCAGCCCUGAACAGCAGCAUCGGAGGCGGCUGCCUAGGGGCCCGGGGCCUGAGGGUGGGGCCCACCUGCAGGGCUCCCUCCCCUCGGUGGACAGCAUCUCCCUCUCGGAGGAGGAGGACGAGGUGUUCUACAACUGAGGUGGGGGCUACAUGGCUCAGAGCCUCCUCAUACUGUGACCUUGCCCGGGGGGCAGCCCGGGCAUAUCAGGACGUCGGGGUCCGGGCUGGGCGACUCUUGACCCCUCAGGGCAGGCAGAGGGUGGGUGCAGAAGGGAUGGGGGGGGUCAGCACUCCUUGUGGACCACUCUGUGCCUCCGUGGACCUGCCCCAGCAGUGGGAGCCAUAAUCCCCCUUCUCCCUUCUUUACUUGGCUCAGGUGGGCACCUUCCCCCGCAGGGUUUCUGUCACCAGUGGGCUCAAGGACUCUCAGCAGACACCAGGGCAAGCUGCCCAGAGGACCCUGCAGCUGGGCCCCCAGGCAGACAGACGCAGAAGGGCCUAGGAAACCCACUCGGAGUGGGACCUGGGGCCCCUGCCCUGACCCCGGGGCUCAGUCCUUCCCCCUCCCUCUGUGUUCGUGCCCCCCUCUCUCAGAGGUGGGACAGCCUCUCUGGUAGCUAAGUGUCUGUUCCUCAGCUCCCUUCUUGAGAAUCUCUGUCUCUGGAGGGUCUGUUCAUCCCUCACUCUCUGAACCUGCUCCCUGGUGCCCCUACUCCCUUCCCUGCACCCUGGAAGGUUCUCUGCAGACAUUAAAGUGGUGGAUUCACCCAA